CUUGGAAAAUAUCAAAAUUACCCCUGGCAUCCGUAGAGCCCUAGCAAACCAAUCCUCCUCUUCUUCGUUUCCCUUCCCCUUCCCAUCGCCCUUCCGCCGCCGCCCUUCCGCCACCUCGAAGCAACUCUUCACUUCUAGCCACUGUCCUCCUCGCCGUCGUCCCAUCUACUGGCGUGGAUCCGGAAUUGGGGCCGAUUUCUCCUCCUGCUUCUGUUGCUGUGUGCUUCUUGUUCUAUACCUCUACGGCCCCCCUGGGAGACAUUGGAUGUAAUUAACAGGCCUUUAAAUGUACAGAAAAAGCUCUCAACAAUCUGAUUUAGUUUUCACUCUCCUCUGUUUUGAACUGUUGAGUGUAUAUUUUUCAAUGCAGUGUGAAUUACAUCUGAGAGGAAGCAUGGCAGAUGGGGGUAUUGUGGUAGCCAUUUGCCAAUACGGUGGAGAGUUCACUUCUGGCCCCAAUGGUAAUUUGAUAUACAAAGGAGGAGAAGCGCAUGCUGUUGAUGUCACUCGUGAUAUGUCACUGGAGAGCUUCAAGGAUGAGGUGUCCAAGGUGUUCCAUGUUGAUGUCACUGACAUGUCAUUGAAGUACUUCCUUCCGAAUAAUAACAGAACACUCAUUACAAUAUCUUGCGAUCGAGAUUUGCAACGGAUGGUUGAUUUUACUACUAGUGCUGCCCAAGUGGAUGUUUUCUUGAUAAGUAGAGUGGAGAACAGGAGUAUCAUAACUCACUCUGGAGCUUCCGCCAUUAAACCUGGCUCUACUGCUCAUGGUGACAAAAGGAAAAGGCCACCACCCAAAAACAAGGUAUCCAAAAAUAACAAGAAGGCUCCCAAUACUCCUGCCACUGCAGUUCAAGCUAGCGCCAAUAAUGUGAAACAGCCAAGACCAGUUACUGAAAACGAUGACAACAGGGUUUUCCAACUUGAAUUUGGAAGUGAUGUUGCCUUUGCCACCACAGCUGGAGGUGCUUCCGCCACACCAGGCAUUCUGGAUCAGCAAAAUCUUGCUCUUGUUGAUAGCAUGCCUAGGGAACCAGUUGGGCUCUUUGAUGAUUCAGGCAACCCAUAUGUUGGUUCUGAGCUCACUGCAGAACCUCAGCUGGGGCUUGACAAUCCUAUUGUGUUUUGGGAUGACAUUAUCAAAGGUGUAGGUCAAGAAUUUGAUAAUGUGAAGGAGUUCCGUGCUCAGUUGUGCAAGUAUGCCAUUGGAAAAGGAUUUGCGUAUCGAUUCAUAAAAAAUGAAACCACUCGCGUAACCGUAAAAUGUGUGGCGGAGGGCUGCACGUGGCGCUUGCAUGCAUCCGAGUCAUCUCGUAGCAAGAAGUUUGUUAUCAAGAAAAUGACAGAUGAGCAUACAUGUGGAGGAGGAAGUGGAGAAGGUCAGCGCCGUGCGACAAGACAGUGGCUGACCACCAUCAUUAAGGAGAAGCUGCAUGAUAAUCCAAUGUUGAAGCCAAAGGACCUCGUCAAAGAAAUAUAUGAACAAUAUGGAGUUACACUAACCUAUUCACAGGUCUGGCGAGGUAAAGAAGUAGCGCAGAAGGAACUGUAUCAUGCUAUCAGGGAGACUUACAGCCAUUUGCCCUGGUAUUGUCAGAGGCUUUUGGAGACUAACCCAGGAAGUAUAGCUUUGUUGUCUCCAAUGGUGGAUACAAAGUUCCGUCGCUUUUUUGUUGCAUUCCAUGCUUCUUUGCAUGGCUUUGCAAACGGGUGCAGGCCCCUCUUAUUUCUUGACAAGGUUCCACUGAAAGCGACAAAUGAGUACAAGUUGCUGGUGGCCGCUGCAGUUGAUGCAGAUGAUGGUGUCUUCCCAGUGGCAUUUAAUGUAGUUGAAGACGAAAAUUAUGAGAGCUGGGUUUGGUUCUUAAUGCAGCUGAAAUUUGCUCUCCAAAAUCACAACUACCCUUACAAUGCCAUGACAUUCUUGUCCACUGGACAAAAGGGUCUGGAUGCUGCAGUUUCUCAAGCUUUUGAAGAUAGCCACCAUGCCUUCUGUUUGCAUCAUAUCAUGGAGGAAUUCAAAGGAGAGCUAAGGAAGGGACCAUGGUCACAGCAAAUAAGAGAGGGGAUGAUUGAGGAUUUUACUCGUGCUGCCCAAGCAUGCAGCAUCGAGGAUUUUAACGCCUCCAUUGAGAUCAUAAGGAAUAUAUCCACUGAAGCUGCUGAUUGGAUCAUUGCAAGCAAGCCAGAGCAUUGGUCUGAUGCCAUUUUUAGAGGCUGUCGGUAUGAUCACUUCUCCUCGAACAUUGUUGAUGCCUUCAAUAACUGGAUACCAACCAAGAAGGAGGGUUCAAUAGUGCUGAUGAUAGACUCGUUGAGAACGAAAAUUAUGGAGGUUAUAGAAUCAAGGCGUGAAGCUUGCAAGGCGUGGUCAGGGCCUUUGACACCUUCCAUGGAAUACAAAGCGCAGGAUGAGAUGUUGAAGGCUAGUAAGAUGACUGUGCUGUGCUCCUCCGAAACUGUGUUUGAAGUGCGGGGCAACGCAAUUUUUGUCGUUAAUCUUGCAAAUUGGGAAUGCACCUGCCGGAGGUGGCAACUUUCCGGCCUCCCCUGCGUACAUGCUAUUGCUGUGUUCAACAGGAUUGGGCGAUCUUUCUAUGACUACUGCUCAAAGUUUUUCAGAAUAGAAAGCUACCAUUUGACUUAUUCAGGAACGAUCUUCCCAAUACCUGAUAUGGAUUCUGUUGAUUUUAGUGUUGGGGCAAAUUCAGUUCCACCUCCCAAACCACGUACAUCAGAUAAACCAAGAAGGAAGCGGUUUAACCCCAACAAGAUAACCACUGUUAUACGACUCUGCAGCAGGUGCAAGCAAGCAGGCCACAAUAAGGCAACCUGUGAAGCUAUCUUGUAGAAAAAAGUAACUUCAUCUCGAGUAUGUAUAGCAGGGUGACCUAAGGAUCAUAUCAGAGGAAUUCUGAUUAUUGCUUUUACAUUACUGUUGUCAACUUUGAGUACUUGCCGUACUCACCGUUGAACUCCUACAUCUGUUUCACCAUUUCGGUGUCAAGGUCUGAAGUUUUGCUAGAGCUGGCUGAUGAGAACAUGGUAGGUGUUUUUGGUGAUCUAAAUUGGUGAAGAUAUAGCCUUCUUCGUUGUUCUGGUGCUGCCUGCUAUUUGUAGUUUCUUGGAUGGAAAGGGAGAUGGGAUAUCAGGCAUAUGAUUCUUCAUAUGUGUGAGCUGCAACUUAAUCUACUGUAGUGGGGCAAUGAUAAGGUGCUAGGUUCCAGUGAUGUCACUGAAACCGCGUCGAUCAUUCAGUUGGGAACUCUAGGUAGUCCAUAAUUUUAUCGUUUAGAUGAACCAAUGUUUAUUCUCAUGUAGAUCUGUGUACAUGCUAUGAUUGAUGUUUACUGUUACAGUUCUGCUAGUGCAACUGCUGUGUGCUCUUAGAUGGAGUAAACAUUCAUUU